CUGUGACAAACUCUUCCAAACAUGGCAGCUGCAGGGAAUAUAGAAGCACUGAAAAAUGAAGUAGUUUGUGCAAUUUGUCUGGAUUUCUUCAAAGACCCUGUCACAGUGGAUUGCGGACAUAACUUUUGUAGAGACUGUAUUGCAGAGUUCUGGGAGAAAUCAGACAGCGCUAUAUUCUGCCCAAAAUGCAGAGAAUUGUUUAAGCAAAAGAAGAACCUGAGACAAAACAAAGACUUGGCAAAUAUAGUAGAAGAGAUAAAAAAACUGAAUGUUUGUGAACCAAAACCUGCAGACAACUUUCUGUGUGAGGAGCAUGAUGAAAAGUUGAAACUGUUUUGUGAGGAUGAUGAAGUCCCUAUCUGUGUGGUGUGUGGGUUAUCUCGAGACCACAAAAACCAUAACGUUAUUCCAAUGAAAGAGGCUGUUACAGAGUACAGGGGAAAACUUCAGCAGUCUUUGGAGAACCUUAAGCUUCAGUUGGAGAAUAUUGCCAGAUAUCAAAGUGAUGAGGAGACCAAGCUCAAAAAAAUAAAGGCCAGUGUGGAAUCUGAAAGGCAGAGGAUUGUCACAGAAUUUGAGGAUCUACAUCAAUUUUUGAAUAAUGAGAAACAAAUUCUUUUCACUAAACUUGAGAGUGAAGAAGACGAGAUGGUAGAAACAGUAAAGAAGAAUCUGAAAACUCUUUCAGAGCAAAGUUCUUCUCUUAGUUCUCUCAUAACUGAUAUUGAAGGACAGAUGAAAUUGCAGGAUACAGCAUUUCUAAAGGCUGUUAGAGGUGCCCUGAACAGAUGCACUGUGAAUAUUCAGGAAAUGCCAAUGACUUCUGAAUUUACACUAAAUGGAUUUGGAUCUCCAUUGCAGUAUUUUGUAUGGAAGAAGAUGCUACCGAUUAUUAAACCAGCUCCAGCUCCUCUUACCCUAGAUCCAAAAACUGCAAACCCUCUCUUGAUACUUUCUGAAGACAGAACAACAGUGAAAUGUGGGCGUACUAAGCAAAGUAUUCCUGACAAUCCUGAACGGUUCAAUUGCUAUCAGUGUGUACUGACGUCAGACGGUUUCAACUCGGGGAGACACUACUGGGAGGUAGAGGGGAAAGAUGGUACUGAUUGGUACAUUGGAGCAGUAAGUGAGUCUGCAGCAAGGAAAGGGGACAUCACCUUGCUACCAAAGGACGGGUACUGGAUUGUGGUAAAGAUGGAUGGAGACAUCCGUAAGAUAGGUGUAUAUCUAGAUUAUGAAGGAGGUCAACUAUCUUUUUACAAUGCUGAAACAAUGUCUCAUCUCCAUACAUAUAAUCACCCUUUCAGUGAAAAAAUAUUUCCCUUUUUUUGGGUUUAUGACAUACAUUCUAUGAUUAAAGUAUGUCACUUGCACUUGUAAGGUAUUCAUUUACAAAUACUGUGUUUGUUUUCAAAAGUAUUCUAUGUUCGUUUCAUAUGAUUGAAGUUUGUAUUUGAUAUAUGUUUUUUAUUUCUUUUGGGUCUUUUGUCAUUUCAAAGUCUGCAUUGUUGUAUUAGUCGAAUUUGACAAGAAAAUAAUUCUGCAUUACUCCAACCUCACCUACCUCACUUCAAAUGAUGUCAGACAUUGCAUAAUUAGUUGUGGAAGGCAGGCUGUUUCUUUAUCUGUGUACAUCUUUUCCAGGAUACUGUAUCAGUUUGAGUCUAACAAAGUUUCACAAUACUUUCAGCAGAGUAAGAAUGUUGUUAGUCUUUAAAAAUGCUAACCUGCUCAUACAGCUUAUGUACAGAUAUAAGGGGCAUAUUUCAGACUACAAAAUAUUAUUGAAAACCAUUCAGUGAGUUCAGCAAAUGGCAGCAUUAUGUGUAGUUAAUUCUACUGCUGGAUGUGUACAGCACAUUUUAAGUUUUGGAAUUUCAGUCAGGCAUUGGCUCACUAGUGGGUGGUGUCAGAAUUCGUGGCCACACUACAGUACCAUCUCAAAUUGUAAAUCUGAAUUAAUGAUUUUGGUAUUUACAGAGUUUGGCACACAUUUUCACCUCAUUGUUCUUAUUUUCAUCACUUGUUCAAGGGAAUGUUUUAAUGACUUUAUCUGACUUUACCUAGUACUUCUUACAAAAUAUAUAAACCCUUAGAUUUCAGCAGUGUGGCCUCACAUAAACAGCUGCAUAGUUCUGGGACUUCUGUGGACUGCCUCAUUGUUGGGUGGCAAUUUUCAGUUGUGCUGUUAGCUUCCCACUGGUCGCUUAUUAACAGGUGUCAAAGCUCUGUAUCAUGGUCAUAGCACUUUAUGUAAUUACAUUUAAUGCAAUUCUAGAUAUUAUUUACAAAAGGACACACAGGAACUGUCAAACUCUGAUGUGGAAAUUCAUUCUUGUCAACCAGCAGAACUAAAGUCAUAGGCAUUUAGUCAGCUUAGCAUCUGAAAUUUUCUCAUAUUACAAUCCCCUCCUUUGUUCUCUGUAAUGCUCUGCCACACGCUUGGUCUCCAGUUCUGUUUUGCCCCAUGCUCAGCAAGCAUUGAAGUGCAAGCAGGCCACACUUGGUUCAAAUUCCUGUACUUUGUCAUGAAGUCCUUUCUUAUGUGUUUGCUCCUUUAUAUUACCUUUGGAUCACUAUUUUCUUUUAGGUCCCAUCUUUCUAUAGAUUUUUUUUGUAAUUUCAGAGCAAUUUUUCAGUUUAUUUUCUGUCCCUCCCUAGGCUUUCAUGUUUUUAUCACUUCACAUGUUACAUUCUGUGACUUGUUGCUCUGUCAUUAAUAACUGUUUCUAUUGGAGUUUGAUAUUUUACUGUAAUGUGCGAGUUUGGGCUUUUUUUUUGCUCAUCAGAGCUGUGGUUUGGUCACUUUUCUUAUUUAUUACUUGUUAAUGUUGUUAGUUGUUUGCCUUUUGCUUAUUUGCAGUUGAGAGAGAAAGAUUCCCGAGUGCUAGUUUUCUACCUUUUUGCAGUCAUUUAUAUUUGUUAGUUGGUAAAGGCUGGAUGGUAGAACUUGCAAACAAUACAAGUAUGGCACAAGAUCAUACCCCAACAUAAACACGUUCUGCGUGUGUUCAGUUUAAGAGAAAAGCACUUUGAUGCACAGUAUGGUUUUUAUGACUCCUUUACCUGAAAUACAAUUAGGGAUAAGAAGCACAAGCUGUCAGAACUGAAAGAGAGUUCUUGGUCCAGUCCUAGUGGGUGUCUUCACCCAGAGCUGUGCCUUUAAGUCAUGGUGGAGGCAUUCAUCAAAAUCUAACAAAAAUUGCUUUUGUGUCUUCUCUCACUGGUGUGAGGUGGACAAAGGCAUCUCAUUUCUUCUAGGACAUCCCAGUUAUCCUCACCAAUCAUCAUUCAGACUGCUGUCCCAAUGAGUUUGGAAUUCAACCUCCAUGCUGCAAUGUCAGAGUUGGCAGAAGAGUCAAUCUCUGCUUGUGGUCUUGAUUUCAGACUGCAGCCUUCAAGGUCGAGUGAUCAAUGUCAUACUUGCAUCUGGUAUUGCCAACUUUGACACCAAUGCUGGCAGGAGUUUCUUCAGCCCCGGAGUUCAGAAUUAGCCCAUCAGCACCAGUUUUGGCACUGAUACCUUUGGUAUAAUCUUUAGUGUCACCGAGGUUGGCAUAUAAGCUUUUUGGGCCAACAGUCUUGGCACUGCAGCUGUGGUCAUUGGGCAUCUUUUUUUUUUUCUUAAACAAGAAACAUCUUUAUUGAAUUAUCACUUACAGCACAGACAAUCAUACAUUUAUAUAAAUGAAAAGAAGCCAUAUUGGCAUAUUUUUGGUUGCAAACAUACAUCACAUAUAAUCCCCUGUACAGUAAUUGCCUAUCUAACAUUACAUAACUCAUUCAAUUCCUGCCUUCCCUUAAACCACAUUCCUCCUCCAAAACAUUAUUCUGUAUGUAUUGUUCCCACAAUUCCCAUUUUUUUC